AAGGGAGCUGGCCUGUGGGGCACCUCUGGGCAUGUGCACUCACACAGUUACGUGCCCAAGUGCUGAGGAGCAGAGCACCUGAGUAAACAUGAGAGUUGUGGGGUGUGUGCACAGAGGAGUCUGGUUACGUGCAUUCAUUCAGUCAACAGCUUUUAUUGAGUGCCUUCUAGGUGCCAGGUGCUGCCCUAGGAAUAAAACAAGGAACAAAACACACAAGGGUGGGGUACUGUGUAAGCACCCCCCCCCCCCCAACUGCCUAGAGCCCAGUGCACAAACUUUCUUUCUGGGGAGGGCCCAGUGACAGUCCCACAGAAGACAGGAUCCUGUGAGCCACAUGGGGCCGACCCUCCUCCCCAGUGCUCAUUUCUUGGGAGCAUGGCACUGGAGUUUCCUGCCACCCACAGGCGCCUGUCUUUCAGGACUGGGGCCAGUUGGGGACAAGUACAGGCAGGCAUGUGAGGCGAUGUGUACCUGAAGGUGUGGGCAGGGGUCUUGGGCAUGUUUAUAUUGUCUGAUGCUGAGGCUCCUGACCAGGGCCGCGGAUGUCCAAGGAGCCAGGCCAUGACCUGUGUACAUGAAAGCCCCUAACAUUCACGAGACAUCUCACCCAGCCUCAAGGUGGGAUGAGGAGGUUCUGGCUCUGCCACCUGACCCAGAGCUCUGUCCCCCUAUUUGUUUCUCCCACCCCCAGGCUUUGCCAGGUCACCUCCGGGAACUUUUUUUUUUUUUUUUUCCUUUUGGAGAAGGAAGGUGGUCUGCCUAGCUCUUGGGGCUCUUUCUUCCACUCCCGUGGCUGGGCCGCUGCCAGUCGCUCGACCCCUCAUAUCCGGCCCCCGUCCGACCACACUCACAGCCAACAUGUGCCUUCUCGGGUCAGCUAGAUCUCCUGGUCAACCCUACCUCUCAGCUGAGCUCCCAACUUCCGCCGCACCCUCCCCGUCCCGUCCACUCGGGCUAAUUGCCUUCAGCUGUGGGACGGGCCCGGGAGGGUGUCCUCCCUGAGCCCGCCCCCGGGCUUGGCUGGCCUUCGGGUGUCGCGGUGGGCGGGGACCUCCACCAGUCUCUCUGAGACAGCCUUGCGGCUCGGGCCGCCCCACACCCCGGGGCUCCCUUCCCGCCAAGCUCCACGGCCGCCCCCCGCCCCCCGCCCCCCGCCCCCGGCCACGCCUGCCUUGCCCUUCCCAGGGGUCCCCUGCGUGCGCCGGCUGGGCCGGUGCGGCUGGCGGCCGCAGACGUCCCAGUAGGACCCGGAACGCGCGGGAAGGGGGCCGGGCCGCGGCGUAAAGCGAGUGGAAGGCCGCUUCCGGCGCUUCCCCCGCACUUCCGGCGCCCCGCCACUUCCGGUAGGGGGCGGGGAGGAGGGCCCCCUCCGGCUUCCGGCUCGCGUGUGAGGGUGUCCGACCCGGGCCCGGGAGGGGCCUUCGGGCGGGGCGACCCUGGGGCGCGCGUCCCGCCGCCAUGGAGCAGGACGACCCGGGCGAGGCGCUGUCGGAGCUGCGCGAGCGGCGGCUGGGCGCACUGGAGCUGCUGCAGGCGGCGGCGGGCUCAGGCCUGGCCGCCUACAUCGUGUGGGCGCUGCUGCUGCAGCCUGGCUUCCGCCGCGUGCCGCUGCGGCUGCAGGUGCUGGCUGCUCAUAAGUGCGGUCUCCGCCCGGCUGUGGGCUACGAGCUGAACCCGUGGCUAGUGGGGCUGGCCCGGCUGCACGCGUGGAGAGCAGGCUGUGCCGGCAGUGUUUGCUACCUGCGUGAGGACCUCUGGAAGGUGAGCCUGAGGGACUGCCACAACGUGUCUGUGUUCCUGGCCCCUAGUGUGGUAGGUCUGGGGUUUGCUAGCCCCAGGGGAGGCCCGGGCCACCCUCAGUGGAGGGGUUGGGCCUGGAGGAGCUGGGCAGGGGCAGUUGUAUUCAAUCUUGCCCACCCUGUCCUCCCUCCUGCUCUCUCUCCCACAGCUCCCCCUGCUGGAAGACAAGCUGCGGGCAGAGUUGCCCGCAGGGGCCCGAGUGGUGUCGGGGCGCUUCCCCCUCCCCACUUGGCAGCCUGUGGCUGUGAUGGGGGAGGGUCUGGACCGUGUCUGGGCCUAUGAUGUCCAUAGUGGUGGGCCAAACGGUCAGGCUUCCCCGGAACCCAGUUCUGCCUCAGUCCCUGGGGCCCCCCGUUCUCAGGUUGGCUAACCACUUGGACACAAUAAAGACUCUGGACUACA